AUGCGCUCAAGGAGCCCCCUGACAGGGCUGCCCCUGCCACUGCUCCUGCUGCUGACCCUGGGACCUAGGGUGCAGGGCUGCCCUUCAGGUUGCCAGUGCAACCAGCCACGGACUGUCUUCUGCACUGCCCGCCAGGGAGCCACGGUGCCCCCAGAUGCGCCACCUGACACAACUGACCUGUACAUCUUUCAGAACGGCAUCACCACACUUGAUGCAAGCAGCUUUGCCGGCCUGCCAGGCCUGCAACUCCUGGACCUGUCACAGAACCAGAUCGCCAGCCUGCCAGGUGGCGUCUUCCAGCCACUUGUCAAUCUCAGCAACCUGGACCUGACAUCCAACAGGCUCCGAGAGAUUACCAACGAAACCUUCCGUGGUCUGCGGCACCUCGAGCGCCUCUACCUAGGGAAGAAUCGCAUCCGCCACAUCCAAGCAGGGGCCUUUGAUGCACUUGACAGUCUCCUGGAGCUCAAGCUGCAGGACAAUGAGCUGCGGGUACUACCCCCACUGAGCCUGCCCCGCCUGCUGCUGCUGGAUCUCAGCCACAACAGCCUCCCAGCCCUGGGGCCCGGAUCGCUGGAUGCUGCCAACGUGGAAGCCCUGCGACUGGCUGGCCUGGGGCUGCAGCAGCUGGAUGAGGGGCUCUUUGGCCGCCUGCGCAACCUCCACGACCUGGAUGUGUCUGACAACCAGCUGGAGCGUGUGCCUUCUGUGAUCCGAGACCUCAGGGGUCUCACGCGCCUUCGGCUGGCUGGAAACACCCGCAUCGCCCAGCUGCGCCCUGAGGACCUGGCUGGCCUGGCUUCCCUGCAGGAGCUGGACCUGAGCAACCUAAGUCUGCAAGUCCUGCCCAGUGACCUCUCGGGCCUUUUACCCCGCCUGCGGCUCCUGGCAGCUGCCCGCAAUCCCUUCAACUGCGUGUGCCCCAUGAGCUGGUUUGGCCCCUGGGUACGCGACAGCCGUGUCACGCUGGCUAGCCCCGAGGAGACCCGUUGCCACUUCCCACCCAAGAACGCUGGCCAGCUGCUCUUAGAGCUUGACUAUGCCGACUUUGGCUGCCCAGCCACCACCACCACCACGGCCACAGCACCCACCACAAAGCCUGUGGUGUGGGAGCCCACACUCUCGCCUUCCAGCCCAGCUCCCACCUGGCUCAGUUCCACAGAGCCAGCUACUGAGGCCCACAGCCUGCCAUCUACUACCCUGCCAACUGCAGUACCAGAACCCUGGCCCCAGGACUGCCCAACAUCUACCUGCCUCAAUGGAGGCACCUGCCGCUUAGGGCCGCAGUACCACCUGGAGUGCCUGUGUCCAGAGGGCUUUACAGGCCUGUACUGUGAGAGCUGGGCAGGGCAAGGUGCGUGGCCUAGUCCCACAUCAACCAUUCCAAGGCAGCCCCAGCCCCUUCCCCUGGGCAUUGAGCCAGUGAGCCCCACCUCCCUGCGGGUGGGACUACAGCGCUACCUGCAGGGCAGCCCUGUACAGCUCAGGAGCCUCCGUCUUACCUACCGCAACCUGUCUGGCCCAGACAAGCGGCUGGUGACACUGCGGCUGCCUGCCUCACUCUCUGAGUACACAGUUACCCAGCUGCGGCCAAAUGCCACCUAUUCCAUCUGUGUCACACCGUUGGGGGCUGGGCGGGUGCCUGAGGGUGAGGAGGCCUGCGGGGAGGCCCGCACGCCCCAGGCUGUCCGUUCUAACCACUCCCCAGUUACGCAGGCCCGGGAAGGCAAUCUGCCACUCCUCAUUGCACCUGCCCUGGCUGCAGUGCUCCUGGCUGUGCUGGCCACUAUAGGGGUGACCUAUUGUGUGCGGCGGGGCCGGUCAGCAGCAGUGGCAGCACAGGGCAAAGGGCAGGUAGGGCCAGGGGCUGGGCCCCUGGAGCUUGAGGGGGUGAAGACCCCUUUGGAACCAGGACCCAAGGCAACGGAGGGCAGUGGGGAGGCCCUGUCCAAUGGACCUGAGUGUGAAGUACCACUCAUGGGGUACGUGGGGCCCAGUCCCCAGGGGCCCUUGCCUGCUAAGCCCUACAUCUAA